AUGCAAAUGACCGAGUGGGGAGAACGUAUCACACGCACCUCGACUGAAUGCAAAGUUACAGCGCACAUCAAUGAGACAGCAGACCGUGCAAUCGAUACAUCGCUCUAUCGGCGACAGGCUCUCUUUGAGACUACUAGGCGAGUUCUGGCAAGUGCAGUGAACGAGGGCCUGGCCAGCGCAACUUUAGUGAGGUCUAUACAUCCAAACUUGGUGUUGUGUCUACGUGACCCAGCUGAAAUUGGAGAGUUUUGGAUCAAAUGUGGUCUCCGAAAUUCCGCCUAUGUUGAGAGCAAGGAUGGGAAAGUCACCGGAUUUCUACGUGCGGAUGAUCUACUUCCUCCAGUGCUCACUCAAGCAGUCGAAGGGGAAGUAUCAGAAGAAUUAGACCCAGGUGCCAUUUGCCGCAUUAUUUGCCUCUGGCAACCUGAGAAUUUUCCGAGUGCCGCCGUAGAUACACUUGUCAAGGAAGUCCGGAAUUCUGCCGACAAUCAAGCCAGUACUAAGCCGACGCUACAUCUGAAGUCUUCUUUGUGUGAUUGGGAGCAGUCCGUUGUGCUUGGACAUCCAACGCAUCCGCUACACCGGGCAUGUCUUGCUCAGCCGCCUUUGAAGCCCAUAGCACCUGAUGAGAUCCCUGAGCUGCUAGAACCUGAGCUAUCGUUUCUAUCUCUACCACGAUCAGAAAUGAAAACCUUCGGACCAUACUCGAGUCUACUGAAACCUCUCCUGGAGUCAUUAGGCAUUCCUAGCCCCGAGUCACCAGACAGAGUGAUAGUACCGUGUUUCACCCGCCAGCUUCCGAGCAUCCUUCCGCUCUUUCCUGAUGCACGCCACAUUGGCGCUGUUAGGAGAUGCUGUCGUGCGCAGAUUUCAAUGCGCACUAUAUCAUUCCUCCCUGAUGUGGGGUCCCCUUUGCAUCUUAAGCUCUCACUAAAUUGCCAGAUCACAUCAGGCCCGAGGACGAUUACACCAUGGACUGCUGCUUUGAGUCCAGCACUCAGCACGGCGCUGAGAACCGUACUGCCACAAGACUUAUGGAUCUUUGAAGAUGCCGCUUCCAUCACAGGCGGCCAGGAUGAUUUUGAUAAAGCACGCCAUUUAACAUGCAUUAUACGCAAAAGCCCUGAAAUUCAAGCGGAAAAGCUUGGAGAAACCAUUAUCCCAGUUGCUGGAUUAUUCCAGAAGCCAUAUAAGGAUCAUCGAACAUACAUGGAGAUUAUGUUUGGGCUCGACGAUCUCCAGAAAAAGCAAACAUGGCUUAGAAAAUAUCUUGCAAAGUUAUUCUCUUUGCUUCUGCCACCCUUGGUCCGUCACGGAAUUGGCCUCGAAGCUCAUGCUCAGAACAUUUGCGUCCGCAUUAAUACAACCUCAAAAGAGGUUACUGGAUUUGCUGUGCGAGACUUUGGUGGAGCAAGAAUACAUCGACCUACAUUCUCCCGGACUCGUAUUGACCUCAGUACAAUUCCUCCUGGCGCUAGCGCUUUUGUCGAUGAUAUGCAUAAGGUGUGGCACAAGGUAUACCAUGCUCUAAUCCAGAUGCAUGUGGGCCAUCUUUUAUAUAUGCUAGGCUUGGAAUCCCAUGGAGGGUGGCGCAUUGUUCGAGAGGAGCUCGAAAGAGUCCUAGUCUCUUUGGGCGAUCCAGAUGCCAAGGCAGUGCGUGACCAUUUUAUGAAUAAGACCAUGGCUUUCAAGUGUUUUAUGGAAAUGCGACUACGAGAUAUCUAUCGUGAUUUUUAUGAAAGAGAGCUGCCGAAUGUUCUCCUUCGGGAUGUGCAG